AUGAUGCAUCAAUUCUCAGUCCUAGUAGUUUAUUUACACAGUCCUGCAUUCAUAGCCGCCGUGCCACGCCAGAACACGUUCACGGUCACGGCGUGUGCGGCGAACGGCGAGAGACGGCCGAGUUUGGAUCAGCUUCGCAAUCAGAGGAGGAGAAACCAGCUUCGCGCGAAGGAGGAACAGCUUCGCGAGGAGGAGAAGCUUCGCAAUGAAGAGGAAGAGCAGCUUCGCGAAGCAAGGCUCUUGGCGUUGAGGCAGAACCCUCAAUCUGUGGAGCGAGGGAUAGCGUGGGAGGAGUCGGAGGUGGGGCAGACCGUCCUCCAGGGCAACGUGGGAGUGCUUUCGACGCAGGCCAUCAAUCGGUUGAUGGCACACGUCGAGUUUGGAAGUGAGAGAAGCUGGAUGCCGGUGAACAAGUAUGUUUCAAGUACGCUUACGGGGUGCACAGUAUAA